GUUGAGAAAAACCAUGCACGCAAAUUAAAGCUCAGCUCACGGCCAGCCUCUGUUGAUGCACUGAUUAAGAUUAUAAAAGAACAAAUGGAAUUGGAUCUUCAGUUCACCUUACAAUAUGAAGAUCCAGACUUUGAUGGAAGACUUACCUCCCUGGUUGACAUCAAAGAAUUGCCACAAAAAUCAGUUUUGCAUAUAACAUUUGAAGAAGAUUUCAGUUCUUCUAGUUCUGUUGCAUCUACUGAAAUACUGUCAGAUGUAUCAAGCCCUGAACGUUUAACUAGAUGGCCUUUGGAUUUGUUUCCAGUUCCUACGUUUUCUUUUGAUGUUGAGUUAAAACUUAGAGAAGGGAAUGCAGAGUUUGAGAAGACUGGGAGACCUCUUAAACUGACAAGAGACCAAAAACAUGAUAUUUUGGAUAAGCUUGCAUCUACUAUCUAUGGCUUCUCUGCUUACCCAAGUGGCAAACAGAUUGCAUUUGUAGCUGAAGCACUUGUCACAAAACAUCCGUGUUUGAAAGAAGCAGGGUCUAACACUGGAUGGAAUGGCUGGAAGAACAGCCUGCUGUUUAAAAUGGGCAAUUACAGGAACAAGAUGAGAAGGGCAGGAUGCAUUGAAGUCUCUAUAAAUGCUGGCAAAAGAAGCCAAAAUAAUCCUGACAAUGAAUCUCCACACUCUGGUAUUAAAAGACCCAAGCGUGCAGAGGUUAACUUUCUGCCCAACUUUCCCAAGGGAGAAAAUUCCACAUCUCUUGAGUGCUUGAGGGAACAGAUCAUUGAAGAGCUAAAGAAGACUGAGAGAAAUCUACCUCUGAUUGGAAGGAUGAUGCAGACCACAUUUGCCCUGAGACGACAGACCAUCAUCCAAUUCAGCCCACCAGUGAAAGAAAUUCUGGACCUCUGGCCUGCUCUGCGCAUAGAGUCUGAGGUGUAUGCAGAAUUCCAGCGGAUCACAAACCAGAACUUGCGCAACAUAUUCUAUGCAGAGCUUGAUCGUCACAUCCCACGCUUGAUGACCUUGUUUAGGCAGAAGGCAUCCAAAACUGGAAAGAUUGCAGAUUCUUUGGCUGGCAUUUUGAAAGUCCAUGACGAACAGGAAUUACAUGAUAUACACACAAAACGUACAACUGUUCUCCAUGCACUUCCUGUGUUUCUGCGAGAGGAUUGGUCUGGAUUUUUGAGGACAUGCAAGGACAUUGAUGAGGCAGAGCUUGUGAAUGCACCUAUGGCCCUUAUUACACUGAACAGGGACAACACCAGCAGUCCAGUUCACUACCAAUCUGAAAAUGUCUUGAUUGUUAUUGAAAGUGAAGUUGUAAUUACUCUUCCCAGGUUUGUGGAUGCCCUUGUGGUAAUGUUCAGUCUCAUAUAUGCUCUGCAUCUUAGUUAUCCCAAAGGACUAACAAACACUUUUGAAUUCUUUCAAAAGAUUUUGCUUAGUUUGGAAGAUGGCAAAUUGUCACCCAGACUGCAGACUCUAAAGAAUGAUUUGAUGAUAUAUACCUAAAAACUGAUCUGAGAAAGUGAUGUCUAGCCUUAAAAGAAUUGAAUUGAAAAAGUGCACUUUUGGCACUUAGUUUGAUAUGUAAUAUACUGAGUCACAGUAGUUGUUAAAUGUUGCCUGUUUCACUCCGUCUCACCACAAAUGUUGAGUUUGAACCAGUGUACUGAGCUCACUUUUUUGUUCAACUUGGAAGAAUUUAAUAUGUUCAUAAACAAUAUGUGCAUUUAAUAUGUAAUAUAAUUCAAAUAACAUGCACUACUUCAUGGCUGCCUGUAGUCUCAUCCAUUGUUGGUGUCAUUUUAAAGUUUCUUAACUUGAAAAGACAAUUUCAAAUCUAAUACUCUUAAUGAGAUGAGAGGAAGUCUAAGAUGUACACAUAUUAAAUUGUUCUUCAGUCUGAAAAUUGUUAGAAUCUGUAGCAUAUUGGCACAAUUGGGAACACUAAAAUCCUGUAAUCCAGAACAUUUGAUCUGACACUGAUGUAGAGGUAGCCAUAAGAAUUAGAAAGGGUUAAAAUUUAAAGAAGGAUAUGUUAUUUUAUGUAACCUGUUGCACUAUGUCUGUGUAUGUUAUGUAUUUUUAUAAUAGCAAUUUAUUAAUGUUGCAGUGAAUGUUCAAAUAAAACUUUUGAAUAACAGUA